CGGACACGUAUGGGGGAUAUGAUACGUACGAGGGGAGUCUGGAUGAAUGCAUCCGACGGGCGGCGCAGUGGCCGAUGACGGAUCCCACGAUUGUACGUUCUUUUCAGCUGUUUCAUAGCGGAUGUUUCGGAUACCGGAUACGAGGAGACCUGAAUCUCUCGUUUUGUCAGUUAGCCAUGCAGGCGAGAGGACUGAGUUACCCUCAUCCCUGCACUAUUUUACUUUCCCGUUCAUCUCCACCCUCAGAUCUGGGCACCCGAGGGAGAAAGCCCACGAACCCCCUGUUUCCUCGAGAUGUCAACGACGAGGGAGCCCGGGCCUCUUAAAGAGCGUCAUCUACAUCGAAUGCUCCUCCCCCUCAGACAUCUCACCUCCCCUCACCCAGUUACACAUCUUCUGCUCUAUGUAUUAGAUACCCUGAACGCUAACCCGCCCGAACAGCCCAUCUCCGCCAUGGCGGCAGUGACCAAACACCUCGCCUUCGGCAUCACAGCCUCCACCUCCUUUGAGCCGCCCUUCCUCCUCGCGAAACGCUUCUCCACCCUCGACCACCUGACUGACGGGCGCAUCGGCUGGAACAUCGUGACCUCGUGGAAGAAAGCGGCCUUCAAAGCCAUCGGCAUCGAUACUCCGAUCGAGCACGACGAGCGCUACGCCCAAGCCGACGAGUACCUGCGCGUGCUAUACAAACUGUGGGAAUCCUCCUGGUCCCCGACCGCGCUCGCCCCCAACGCCGCGGAAGACAGCUACAUCGACCCGGCGCAGGUGCGCACGAUCCACCACCAGGGCAAAUACUUCCAGCUGUCGACGCGGCACAUCGUGGACCCGUCGCCGCAACGCACGCCCUUCCUGUUCCAAGCGGGGACGUCGGCGGCGGGGUCGCAGUUCGCGGCCACGCACGCGGAGGCGAUCUUCGUGUCGGCGCACGCGCCCGGCGUGCUGCGCCCGAAGAUCGCGGCCAUCCGCGCGCAGGCCGCAGCGCAGGGGCGCGACCCGGCGUCCCUCAAGUUCUUCGGGACGUUCACGCCGAUCCUCGGGCGGACGGAGCGCGAGGCCCGGGCCAAGCUGGCCGAGGCGCAGCGGUACGCGUCGACGGUGGGCGGGCUGGUGCUGUUCAGCGGGUGGACGGGCGUGGACAUCUCCAGGAUCCCGAUCGAUCAGGACAUCACGGCGGCGGACAGCACCGAGGCCCACAAGGUGCGCAGCAUGCUGGAUGCCUUCACCACGACCAGCCCCGAGGUGCCGCGCUGGACGCCGCGCGUGGUGGCGCAGAAGGCCGCGAUCGGGGGCUUGGGCCCCCUCGCCGUCGGGGAUCCCGGCCAGGUCGCCGAUGAGAUGGAGCGCUGGGUGCGCGAGGCCGACCUCGAUGGCUUCAAUCUCGCGUAUGUGACGACCCCGGGCACCUUCGAGGAUGUCGUCGACCUGUUGGUGCCCGAGCUGCGGCGGCGCGGGCUGUAUCCUGAUUCCGUCCCGGAGGAAGGCGUGACGAUGCGCGAGAAGGUGUAUGGCGUCGGGCAGAGGGAGUUACGCGCGGAUCAUCCGGGGAGUCGGUAUAAGUAUCAUGUGUAUGUUGAGGAUGGGGAUGAGGGGGGGGAAGGAGAGGAAAAGGCGCAGCAGCAGCAGCAGCAGCAGUAGCUGACGGGUGAGUGCUGCUGCUACUGCUCCUUAGAUUGUAUGGAUCAAGACAAGAAAGAGAGAGCCUCUAGACGUUUUUCACAUGCUAUGACUCGACAAC